AAGUUGAUAGAUUUGAUAACGGUUAAGUAAUAUUUUAGAAUUCUUUAACUUCACUUAUACAUUGAUUUUUGCUUUCUGUAUAUAUACAAAACGAAAUCAGAUUUUAAAGAAAUCUUCAAAUUUUAAGCAUUUGCCAUUUGUUUAGUUUGUAUGGGUUUCUUUAAAUUUUUAGAUCACAAAUUAUUCAUAAAUUGAUUUGGAAUAGAUUUUUAUAUUUAAUAUUUCCAUACAUAUAUGUAUGUAUAUUUCGAAAAAAUAUAGAAAUGAUAAUAGAAUCACAAAAAAAGAGUGUAAAUGCUUACAAAUAGAGGGAGUAUAAUGUUUAAGAUAGAAAAAAUAUAAGAUAGGAAACAUCUUUUCAUUAUUAUACAUUUAUAUACAACAGGUAAGUUUCUAGGAAAUAUAUUUUUAUGAUAAUGUAUAAAAUGUAUGUAUAAAUUAAUAACAUUAAAAUUAUGUUUUUUGAUAAAGGUAAGAUUUAUGUAGAAUACUUUAAUUUACUUAAAAUGAUUUGUAAAUUAUGUCUUCAUAUAUUAACAUGGGUAUGUUCUGUUCUAAAAGAUAUCUUUUGAUUAAAAUUAUAAAUAUAUGUGAAUGAAAAUACAUCUUUCAUAUAUUAAUGUAUAAACAUUCUUUCACCGAUUAUGAUGUUUACAAAUGUAUUAUUUAUUAUUAUACAUUAAUAAAAUUUUAUUACAAUUCUUCGAAAGAAUUAAGAAUAUUAUUUAUUAGGUUUUUUCUGGACUAUAUUGAAUAGAUACACAAAGAUUUAAAAAUGUUUUGAAUGAUAAUAAUGGAAAGAGAGUUUAAGCAUAAUUAUAAAAGUUAUUUGUACAGAAAAAAAGCAAAUUUAAUUUUUUGCGCCAAGUAAUUUAGAGAUGUUAUAAUUAAAUUACGUAUACAUGUUAAAAUCUCUGAAAAAGAUUCGAGAAGGCUUUGAAGAUUAAACAGAAGAAAUUAUUUCAUUAUGAAAUGAUUUGUCAAAUUCUUUCGUUACCGUGAAACUAUAGAAUUAUCGAUCUAACAAGAAAUACCUUCGUAUAUUGUUCCUUAAUGUGACGUACAAAGGUUUAAAUCGUUCAUAACCGGCAUCUGAUUGAUAGAAAUGCAACGGGCUAGAAAGAAAAAAAGCAAAAGUAAAAAAAAGAAAGUGAAAAAGAAAUGUAUCGACGAAAGGGAGACCCUGUCUUACGAACAAGAGAUCUUAGAUAACAACAGACAGUUGGCACGAUUGAGAAGUCGAAAUGAAGAACUGGAGGAACAAGCAGAACUUGCAAAAGAGAAGUUCCGGCAGUUGGAAGAAGAUCGCUCGGAUGUAAUCGCACAUUUAAAAAGAAAUUUAGAAGAAAAAAUCGAGGAGUCAAAGGAGCUUUCUGAAAGACUCACCGCUUUGGAAGAGUUGCGAAAAGAUGAACUGGCUGUUCAUAAGAAGAAGGAAGAAGCGAUGGAUAACGAAUAUCGCACGAUGGAGAAUAAUUUGAGCGCAGAAGUUAAAUUAGCUGCUGGUAAAUUAAAUGCACUGGAAGAUUGGCGAUUAGCUCGACUUGAUCUAUUACAAAAAUUCGAGAAACAAGAACAAGAAAUGGCUGAACAGGAAAAGAGACAUAAGGAAGAACUUUACGAAGCUGAGAAGUCUGUGGUAGUCGGGAAAUCAGUGAUGCAGAAAGAGAUGAAAGAACAUUUGCAAAUUUUAUCGGAGAGACUUCUGAAGGCGGUCACAUUGAGGAUAACGGAAGUCAUGAAUCGUGCAAUUCAUGAAAACGUGGCACUGAAUCGAGAUCUUGAUAAAUUGCUGAAAACCAACAGAGAGCUUGAUGCCAUCAACAUCGAACGCAAGAAAACGGAACAAACGUUAAGGCUGAAAUGCGAAUUGUUCGAAACCGAGACGCAGAUAAUAUUGAAUAAAACGCUGAAACAAAGGCAUGCGAUUCAUCAAGUCGUCGAGGAAUAUGAAUCGUUGAUUAUGUAUUAUGGACAAGUACAGAGAAGUAAUGUUCGUCUGAAGCAAUUGCAAAGUAUCUUAGAAAAUAUAAUUAAACGAAAAGAUGCGCUCUUAGAUAAAGAAACGAAACAAUACGAAAAAAAUAUCUUGAUGGCUAGGAAUGAAAAUAAACGAUUAGUGAAAUUAAUUCAGAACAAAGAAAAAGAAUUGGAUGCACUUAAAACUAUUUUGAAUACUGCUACCGUAUUUCUUAACGAAGCUUUGCAGGUCACAGAAAAAGCUUACAAUAACCAACAAUGCCUUGGAAAAAUGGCGCCAAAACUAUUGCAGUCUCUCAUGGAAAUAUUGCAAACUGAGACCAUUAUUAGUGCUGUAGAUUACUCAGCAUCCGAGAUUGAUAAUAUUGAUUGUAAAUACACAUUGGGAUGUUUGGGACUUAUUGAACCUAUUAAAGAAGGAAAGGUUGCUAAAAAAGAAAAGAAAGAUAUUCAAGAAGAAGUACAAGAAGAAGAAUCAUUGAAAGACUUGGAAUGUAUACCAUCUUGCUUAUUGAGUGAUAUUAGUUCUAGUGUUUCCUCUCCUAAAGAAUAACCAAUUUUGUAUUGUAUAUUUUAGUUGUGGUAAUUGUUACAUUGCCACAUAUAUUAAAUAAUACAAAAAUUAUAUUUGUAGAAUAAUAUUUU